AUGAAGUUCCAGAUCACAUCCUUCCGCGCAGCGGCGCUUGUCGCCCUCAUUGCGAGCGCUGACGCCUCCAAACAUAGCCAUGGCCACAGCCAUCACCACGAGACUCGUGAUGUGGAUCUGGAGAAGAGGGGUGAAAAGUGCAAGUUCCCCUCCGACGCUGGCCUGGUUGCGAUCACCCCGAAUGAGGAAAAUGCUGGUUGGGCUAUGAGCCCCGACGAGCCCUGCAAACCUGGUAACUACUGCCCUUACGCUUGCCCUCCCGGUGAGGUUUCUAUGCAGUGGGAUCCCAAGGCGACCUCCUACUCUUACCCUAUGUCUAUGAGGGGUGGUCUGUACUGUGACGAGAGCGGCAAAAUCCAGAAGCCCUUCCCCAACCGCGACUACUGUGAAUCGGCUGCUGGUGUUCUCAAGGCCCGCAACAAGUGUGGAAAGGCUGUCUCUUUCUGCCAGACUGUGCUGCCUGGAAAUGAGGCUAUGCUUAUCCCCACCAUGGUUGAGGACCUGGCCGAUCUGGCCGUGCCUGGCAUAUCCUACUGGUGCUCCACUGCUGCACAGUACUACAUUAACGCUCCCGGUGUCACCGCGGAGGAGGGCUGUGUCUGGGGUAGUUCGGUGAACCCCGUCGGUAACUGGUCCCCGUAUACCGCUGGUGCCAAUACCGACGACGAUGGCAACACCUUCUUGAAGAUCGGCUGGAACCCCAUCUACCUGGAAACCACCACGCCCUUCCGCAAGGUCAAGCCUGACUUUGGUAUCGAGAUUGAGUGUGAGGGUGACGGCUGCCACGGCUUGCCCUGCAAGAUCGACCCUGCUGUCAACGACGUCAACGAGAUGAUCGGCAAGCCCUUCGUUGGCGCUGGUGGCGCCACCGGCUGCGUCGUGACCAUCCCCAAGGGCGAAACCGCGCACAUCAUCGUCUUCGAGAAGGAGGGUAACGGCAGCACCUCGUCGGAGACCAUCGAGGUUUCCACUAGCUCUCAUACCUCCACCAAGAGCGCCAGCACCUCGACUACCACUACUGCUCCGACCAGCACCAGCACCAGCACUACUGAGAGACCAACCUCCACCUCUACGUCUACUCACUCGUCAACUUCAACCUCGACUCAUACAUCUACCUCCAGCUCCAAAUCUACUGCUAGCUCCAGCUCAACGACUCAGACGUCGAGUGUCACUAGUCUCGCCCACUUGCCCAAGUCGAGCCCGGCGGGCUAUACUUACCAGCCCCACGUGCUGACUGGUUCUGCUGAUAUCCAAGCGGCCUCCACAAUGACCGCUGCCGCUGCCGCCGCGUCCACAUCUUCCGCUAGCGGUGCUACUAGCGCCACCGUCUCCAUGUUGACCCUGGCCUUUAGCGCCAUUGCCGCCAUGGUCGUGAGAAUCUAA